CUGAGUCCUCAGGUGCGACUUACAUCUCUCAGUCCACUCACUAGUGCGCAUCUCUCCAACCGUCUCCAAGUGAACGCCGACACCACAAACUUGCGUGGAAAGACAUGCAAGACAAGAUGUUCUCUCUUUCAUUCUCGUGGGUGUCUCUCUCCUCGACCCUCUGGGUGUGCCUGUGUCCCAAACGGGGCCGCGUCGGGUGCGUGUCCGCGCUGGUGAUGCUGAGCGCGCUGACGGUGGAUGCAGCAUCCACUGCCUGCCCUACGUGCGGUCGGCCAGCAAUAGAGAAGGGCGAGGAGGAGCGUUACCUGAUCGAGAUCGCCAAACAGCAGAUCCUAAGCAAGCUUCAACUGCGGGAGAGGCCGAACAUCACGCAGCCGUUACCGCGCGCCGCGCUCAUGACUGCGCUGCGCAAGUUACACGCGGGCCGCGUCCGGCAGGACGGAACUCUGGACCUGGAAAAUAACUUUAUAAACCCACAAGCGGGUAACCAAGCAUACGAGAUAGUCAGUUUUGCUGAUGUCGAAGACGACGUCUCCGCUGGUAUCAGCACCCAUCUGUCAUUCCAGUUCCUGCAGGAGAAAGGUCGCAGCGUGCAGGUCCUGCAGUCGUCUCUGUGGAUGUACGUGCAGCCGGCCAACGGUUCUCACCACGGCGUGACGGCUGAAAUCUACCUGUUAGAGAAGGACAGUGGCAACCGCACACUGCUGCUCCAGAAGAGCAUGGAGGCCACACGGGGCGGCUGGCACACGUUUCCCAUUACCACCUCCCUGCAGCACUUCCUCGAUGAGGACAAAACGAGUUUCCGCCUAGACGUGCACUGCGAGGAGGACGGUCGCAACCUGUGCGGCCACGGUGCAUUCAGCGACUCCUCCCAGCAGCCGUUCCUGGUGGCCCAAGUGCGCCAGCGUGACGACGGCUCCGAGCACACCAUAAGCAAGCGCUCGCUGAGGUGUGGCGAGGAUGCCAGCGUCUGCUGCAAGAAAGACUUCUACGUCAAGUUUCGUGACAUACAUUGGCAGGACUGGAUCAUUGCACCCGAGGGUUACCACAUGAACUACUGCAUGGGUCAGUGUCCGCAGCACCUGUCGGGUUCUCCAGGCAUCGCCUCGUCCUUCCACGCCACCGUCUUCAGCCAGCUGAAGGCCAACGGAAUUCACUCGGCGGUCUCGUCCUGCUGCGUGCCCAUCCAGAGACGCCCGCUCUCCAUGGUGUACUUCGACUCCCAACACAUCAUUGUUAAGAUGGACGUCCCGGACAUGAUCGUGGAGUCCUGCGGGUGCACGUAA